AUGUUAGAAACAAUAUUUAGGCUUCCAGUUGGACAAGGAAUUGGUAUCACUGCACGAACUUCACAAAAUGAAGGAUUUAAUAGAAUUAAACUUGUCUAUACAUCAAAAUUAAUUGAUUAUUCUGUAUCAUAUCAAACAAGACAUGCUGAAGGUGUUAUUGAAAUGGAAUUGGCCAAAUUAUUGAUAAAAAUUAUUAUUCAAAAAUUGAAAUCACAGAGACAUUGCCGGCUUAGAGGAAAUGUGGUGAUAUCAGUUAUGACAAUAGGGAUUACUGUAGUGCUUUCACCAUUGAAAGCACUAAUUGAUGAUCAAGUGUUUGAAUUGAUCAAUGCAGAAAUACCUUGUUGUGGUCUUUAUGCAUCAACAGCACAACCAGUUAAUUAUAAUUAUCAACAAAAAGUCUUUUGUGUGGAUCAACGAAGAGAAUCUGGUGUGUUAUUAUUGCUUUGGAAAUCAGAUAUGAUUAAAAUCAUUGUAGCAAUUAAUGCUUUUGGAAUGGGAAUAAAUGUACCAGAUAUUCGAAUAGUUAUUCAUGCAGACUUUCCAAUAUUUCAAUUAUAUGUAAAAGAAUGUUCAGUCUUUAGUGAAGGACCUGAAGUUUUAAAUCAUGUUAGAUAUUUUAACAAAUAUUGUAAACAAAUACUUGUUAACUAUUUUUCCUGGCAAGGAGAUCCUAUGACUGAAGAGGUUAUAGAUGCAAUUAUUAAAGUAAACAACAACAAGUGA